AGCUUAAGCGCUUCUCAUUGUGUGAAUGUUUGAGGUUGAGGGAACUUCCAGACUCAGUUGGUAAUUUAACCUCAUUGACAGAGUUAGACUUAACAGACACGGGGAUAAGGAAACUUCCCAACACUAUCGGAAAAUUAAAAUCAUUGUGUGUCUUGCAUUUCCCAAGAGAACCAACUUUUCAUCGGAAGCAUCAUGUUUGGCAAUUACCUAGUGGCAUCAGCAUGUUGGUAGAUCUUAUAGAUUUGAAUCUAGGUGGGCAUUACAAACUGGAAGGUGAAAUUCCUAUUGAAAUUGGGGAAUUGUCACAUUUAAGAUCCCUAGAUUUAAGUUGUUCUCGUAUCUCCAAAAUUCCAGAGACAAUCAACAAGCUUCAUCACCUCCGCACACUAAAUUUAGUUGGUUGUCAUGGUAUUCAAAUGUUGCCGGAGCUUCCCACAAGUUUGGUUUGUCUACAACUUCUAUCUGCAUCAUUGCUCUUAGUUCCCAAUCUAUCAAAUCUUACUAACUUGAUUAUAUUGAAACUAAGUGAUUGCUCUAAAAUAACAGGCAAAUCAAAAAUAAUCACUGGAUGCAACUUAAGGUGGAUUGGGAGGUUAUCUAGAUUGAAAUUUUUAGACUUGAAUCUAUUAAACGUCCCUGCACCUCCAGAGUUGACUUCUCUUCCUCAUCUAGAAAGGCUUUGUUUGUCUCAUCUAAAUUUGCAAACCCUUCCACUCGAUGGACUUCCACAACUAGGGCACUUACAUGUUCACGGUUGUAAACUACUUCGGAGAUUAUCCAUUCCUUUGGAAUUGAGGAAGCUAGAGUCUAUGCAUGUGUUAGAUUGUCCAGACCUAGUUGAGAUAAAAUAUUUGGGUCUUUUGGAAUCAUUGAAAUCCAUCAUGGUUUCUGGUUGCAAAUCUCUGAGAAGAGUAAGUGGGUUAUCAUACUUGACGAAGUUAGAGCAUUUGAAAAUUACACAGUGCAUGUCAUUGAUAAAAUUGAUUGAUGCAUCUUGCACAAACACAGCCAAUGAUUGCAUUGUCAAAAUAGAGGAGUGUGGAGAUUCAGUGCCGAGCAUCCCGUAUGAAAUGUCUAUGAAGUGCUACAGAGAAGAAUUUCUCCUGGAUACAUCAGACAUUGAAUCCAAGUCAGAUAAGAUGGAACAUCCCUUCACAAUCAAAUUCCGUUAUGGAUCAAAGUCAAGUGAUGGAUCGGCUUGGUGUGGGUGGGGGGAGACGGAAAUGAAAAAUUUCACCCCUGAUUCAGUGACAUAUGAGGGAUUAAUUGCUUGCAUGAAAUAUUUCGGCUGUCGUGUGAAGAGAAUGUGGUACGAGACUCUUUGGGAAGGCCAUGAGGACAUUUUUUGUGAAGAGAGCAACAAGGGCAUAGAGAUCAAGAGUGAUGAGCAAGUGAAGGAGAUGGCGCAACUAGCGUCUAAAAGAGGCUUCAUUAUAUUGGACGUCCUGGGGGCAGUUAACAGGACGGAAUCAUACGACGACGAUACGAUAAGUACGUUAAGAGAGGCAUGGACAAUGGAGACUGAUGUGUAUUCCAAUGAAGAUGGAGCUGAGUGGGACGUUUCAGGUCCUGAGGAAGACUUAGACUCUGCAAGUGAGGGUGAAAGCCAAACGGAUAGCACCUCCUCUAUUGAUGAUUUCGAGUCCGAGAUGGGCAAUGCAGAAUAUUUCGAGGCCACGGGAAAUAGGAAGCAAAUGACGGACGGAAAGGUUGGGCACCAUGGUACUAUCGAUGAAGGGGAAACGGCGAGUAUAGAAAAUAGGAAGGAGAAGCGGGAUGAGACAGUGGAACUUGCCGUCCAAAAUGUUGUCCAGUCGAUUUACCAACAGUGCGAAGGAGUCGAACAUCAUGAGAUGCCCUGCAAAGCUACGACCGAAGUUGAGGAUCAGAUAGUCAUUGCUUCUGUGAAUACGGAUAGAACAGCGGAGACUGACCGAGUACCUGUAAAAAGGAGAAAGAGGGAGUGGAACUAGAUGUGCUUUAAACCCAGGAGGGGAUCCUGGCAUAAGAGGUAGAGCAAGGGGUACAGCUUCAAGUUCAAGAAACAAACAGCAAAGCUACGAAGGCGGGUAGGGUUGCAGCUUCCAGCUCGGGAAAGAGUAAGGCAUCAGAUUCAGGAAGGGGCAGAGCUUCGAGUUCAUGAAGAAGCACAGUUUCAAGUACAGGAAGGGGAAGGGGCAGAGGUUCAACUUCCGGAGAGGGCACAACUUCGAGGUCAGGAAGGGUAAGAGGUUCAAGUUCAAGAAGGGCACAACCGAAAUGGGGUUGAAUUUAAGAUUAGGGACGGACAACGGUUCAAGCCCGGCCGUGGCUGAGCCUAAGACAUCGAGGUCGUGAUAAGAAGAACAAGCCCGUGCCAGGAUCUCCCAGAGGCUGUUCACCAGAAGCUUCAAAGCCUCCAAGUUAUCGUUAUCGACGGCCAUGAAACCACCGUUCAACGACCCCAUCGCACGCUGCUC